AUGCUCCGCCUCGCACGACCCUCAUCGCUCCGCGUACCUCUCCUGACGCGAUCGUACGCUCAGGCUGCCCCUGCCCAAUCCCAAAGCCAGGGCAAGAAGGGCGGCCUCUCCCCGCUCGCCCAGGCUGCUGCCAAGGAGGUCAGCUCAAAAUGGAAGGGUACCAGCGCGACAGGCGGGAAGACCAAGAACUACAUUGGUGGGAAGUUCGUCGAGAGCAAGGCGGAGAAGUGGUUGGAAGUACGGGAUCCGUCUACUCAGACGGUAGUGACCCAUGUUCCCGAGACGACGGCCUCAGAGUUCCAGGACGCCAUCAAUGCCGCCAGCGAGGCAUACAAGACAUGGUCCAAGACCAGCGUUAUGCGUCGCCAGCGGGUCAUGUUUGAGCUGCAACACCUCAUUCGGCAACACGCUCCGGAUAUCGCCAAGUCUAUUGUCCUUGAGCAGGGCAAGACGUUUGCGGACGCCCAGGGAGACGUCGGACGUGGUCUGCAAGUCGUAGAGAGCGCGACAGCCAUCACUUCGACACUGAUGGGCGACAAGCUCGAGGUGUCGUCAGAUAUGGACACGUACUCGCGCCGACUGCCGCUCGGUGUUACCGCAGCCAUCACCCCCUUCAACUUCCCCGCUAUGAUUGUGCUCUGGUCAGCUGCACUGGCGACGGUCACUGGUAACACGCUGGUCGUGAAGCCAUCGGAGCGCGACCCGGGAGCGACCAUGAUCAUCGCCGAGCUGUGCGAGCGGGCCGGUAUGCCGCCAGGAGUGUUCAACGUCGUGCACGGAAGCGCCGACACCGUCAACCGAAUCUGCGACGACCCCGCCAUCAAGGCCAUCUCGUUCGUUGGUGGUGAUGUGGCCGGGAAGCACAUUCACGACCGAGCUACACCGCUCGGCAAGCGUGUACAGGCCAACUUGGGAGCAAAGAACCACGUCGUCAUCAUGCCUGAUGCCAACAAGAACCUGGCUUUGAACGCGGUAGCAGGUGCCGCUUUCGGUGCUGCAGGUCAAAGGUGCAUGGCUCUGAGUGUUGCGAUCUUUGUCGGUGCAGCCAGGGACUGGAUCCCCGAUCUCAUCGCACGGGCGAAAGACCUGAAGAUCUCUGGUGGUUUCGAGGAGGGCACCGAUCUUGGACCAGUCAUCUCGCCCCAAGCGAAGGAGCGCAUCGAGAACCUCAUCCAGACCGUUACGGAUGAAGGAGGAAUCAUCCACCUGGAUGGCCGUGGGUGCGUGGUGGAAAACUACCCAGAGGGUAACUUUGUCGGACCGACCGUGGUGGAGUGUACGACCGACAUGAGCGCGUACAAGCAAGAGAUCUUUGGUCCGGUCUUGACGGUCGUACACGCCGACACGCUCGAUGAUGCUAUUGCGAUCAUCAACAAGAACAAGUACGGAAACGGAGCUUCUAUCUUCACCAACUCUGGCGCAGCUGGACGCAAGUUCGAGCUUGAAGCCGAGCCUGGACAAAUCGGUCUGAAUGUCGCUGUACCGGUCCCAUUGCCCAUGUUCAACUGGUCAGGUAACAAGGGUUCAUUCAGGGGUGAACACAGCUUCUACGGCAAGACUGGAAUCUCGUUCUACACCCAGCACAAGACUACCACCGCGCUGUGGCCUCAUGAGGACGCGACUGGCCAGCGGGCAUCGGUGAACAUGCCACAGGUCCAGUAA